CUAGUCGUUAAACUGAAGCCGGGCGUCCACAACGUGGUGAAUAAUACAUGUUAAUAUUUCACAUCGUCGUUGGGUCGCUCGUCCAGCUCCGCUCUGCUCGGCGGGGGCUAGCCACGUUAGCAUAGAGCUAGCCAAGCCUCCAGAUCUUCAUGCGGGGCGAGGGUGAAGUCAGAGAGGCAGUGACAGCGGUAGGUGGUGGCAACACGCCGACCUAACCCACCCACCGCCCAACCGGCGAGCUUGGCCUUUGUUUACCUGCCUCUCAGGUAGGACGUGAGGGGAGGGGAAGGGGGGCAGGGCAACCCAGCAGGUAGGAGGGAUGCCGGUGGAGGGCGGAAGCAGCAGCGGCUCUGCAUCAGCCGCCCGCCACCCCAAGCAGAAACGCAAGGCUCACAGUCUGUCUAUCCGGCGCACCAACAGCACGGAGGACAGGCCCCAGGGCGUCCAAAGAGGAGACAUGCUGGAGGGACAGGACUCCAAGUUGCCUCUCCCCUUACGAAACAAUCUUCUCGAACUUUUUGGCCAAAUCGAGCGCGAGUUUGAAAACCUUUACAUCGAAAACAUUGAAUUACGCCGGGAAAUCGACUCCCUGAAUGAGCGACUGACUGGAGAUGGACAAACAAUUGAGGGAGGAGAUCCCACCAAGGGAGCGCUGAAAACAAAAGCCAGCCACAGCACAAGUCAACUGUCACAGAAGCUGAAGACGACCUACAAAGCCUCUACCAGCAAGAGCUUGUACACUUUCCACGGCAAAAUAUGCGGACCUCGCAACUUCAGUUUGGCCACAUGGGAGUUGUGGGGCGGAGAUUCAUGGAUUGUGUCCAGUUUCAAAGCCACCGCGGGGUCUCGGGCUUUGUGUCAGCUGCUCAAGGAGUAUGUGGGUCACCGGGACGGGAUCUGGGACCUCAGCGUCACUCGGACCCAGCCGGUGGUCCUGGGCACCGCCUCUGCAGACCACUCGGCUCUGCUUUGGAGCAUAGAGACUGGGAAAUGUCUUCUGAGAUAUGCUGGUCAUGCUGGAUCAGUCAACUCCAUCAAGUUCCACCCCACAGAGCAGAUGGCCAUCACAGCCUCUGGGGACCAGACGGCUCACAUCUGGCGCUACAUGGUGCAGCUUCCUGCCCCCCAGCCACCACCAGAUGUCAGUGCUCCUUGUGAUGACGACCAGGACUCGUCAGACCGAGAGGAGGGAGAGGUGGAUGUAGAGGGCCCGUGCGAGGUCCCCACCGUCCGGGUGGCUACAGCCACCCUGAAGAGUCACCAGGGUGUAGUGAUCGCAGCCGAUUGGUUGGUUGGAGGCCGACAAGUGGUGACAGCUUCCUGGGAUCGUGCUGCGAACCUGUAUGAGGUGGAGACGUCUGAGCUGGUCCACACACUCACUGGCCAUGACCAGGAGCUGACCCACUGCUGUACCCACCCUACCCAGCGUCUGGUGGUCACCUCAUCCAGAGACACCACCUUCAGACUGUGGGACUUCAGAGACCCGUCCAUCCACUCUGUCAACGUCUUCCAGGGACACACCGACACGGUGACGUCGGCGGUGUUCACGGUGGGCGACAACGUGGUUUCAGGGAGUGACGACCGCACUGUCAAGGUGUGGGAUCUGAAGAACAUGAGGUCACCCAUAGCAACCAUCCGCACUGACUCAGCUGUGAACAGGAUAAGCGUCUCCGCCAACCAGAGGAUCAUUGCCCUGCCACAUGACAAUCGACAGGUCCGACUGUUCGACAUGAGCGGAGUGAGGCUGGCCAGACUUCCACGCAGCAACAGGAUGGGUCACAGGCGUAUGGUGUGCUGCACAGCGUGGAACGAAGAGAACCAGUCGUGCAACCUGUUCACCUGCGGCUUCGACCGACAGGCCAUCGGCUGGAACAUCAACAUCCCUGCCCUGCUGCAGGAGAAGUGAUGCCACUAACGCGCACACACACGCACACACAUGCACACACACGCACACACACGCACACACUUACAGCAACACACACAGUGAAGUAGAAGACGAUCAGAAUCUAUCCAUGUAAAUAUAAUGUGGUACAAACACUGUAAUCUGUGGACCUCGUACGUGCUCGUACGGUGAAAGCGUUUACCCUGUGAAACAUGGUCGUUGUGCAUUUCACGCAGGUGUGAGGUGUGAAAUACGUUUUUCAUUAUUGUUUUGUUUUGGGGAUGCAGAUGUGACACUGAUUGACAAGAGCAUAUUAUUCCCCUGAUUGGUAUAUUCUGUCUCUCAGUGUGCACAUGUGCAGAACGACACAGUUCCGACACUCUUAUUUUCCGAGUUUGCACGAGGCCACGUUCCUCUGUGUGUUUGUGCCCUUCCUUUUGUUUAGCAUGGAUUGUGAAUCGUGACAGGCUGAUCCGUUUAUCUCGAGCCCUCCCUGUGUAAGAAAAGAAAAACUAUAAAUCUGACUCCACAGUCACAGGCUGCUGUUCACGUCACUGCUGUUUUCUGUUACUGCUGAAUGGAGGCUCUCGCACGUAGAUAAACUACAGUCAUGAGCCCAGGAGAGUUUGUAGAAUAUGAUUUAAAGACAUUGUGUAUAUAUGAAGUUGAGGCCUGUGUUGCAGGUUGUUGCUUGUUUCUGAAGAUGAUGUAUAACGUUUUUAUCCUUUUAGUCAAAACUUGGAAUAUUUCCUAUCAUGGAGCCAAACAUAUCAUCACAUCCACGCCUGCACGUUGUCUUAACAUGUUCCACACGGGACCUGCUCUUUCAAAGAUGGAGAUUUGUGUCUUUGCCUAUUAUUACCUUUGAUGCUUUCAGUUCACAGCCAGCCUAUAUAUAAAUAUAUUUAAUAUUUCGAACGUAUACUGUAACUCUGCCUUGUUCCAUGUUUACAGGAGGUUUUCAUUUUUUUAAUUAAGUAUUGCUUAAAUUCUGCCUUUCUGUCAUGAUGCAAAGUGUCAAGAGCAAAGUGAACAUUGGAAAACAUCUUCACAGUUGUUGCUCUACAAUCCUCUAGAGGUGUGAGAUGCGUUCGUCAUCAUCCAAAAUGAAAUAUUCGCUACAGGUUGCGAGUGUAGUUAGUUUCAUUUUCUGUCCUCAUACGGAGGGUUUUUCCUAUUUUUAUUCACGAGUGUUGUCUUUCAGUUAGAGAGCAGGACUUAAGGCUCUCACUCCAAACCCUGCGUUAGCUCUCAAACAGCCCCUGCUUGUGCUUCGAUUUCCUGCCCACCCGCCUCUCACCUCUUCUCCCCACACUCCUGCUGCUUGUGAGCCCCCAAGAAACGUCUUCUCUUGUAUUUUUUGAGUCUGUUAAAUGUCCCUGACCAAUAGAAUUGAGUGUUAACAAGUGAAAUUUUCCACCGUCAUUGUGGGUGUGUUAGCUUUAUUUCUUUGAGAGUCCCGGUACAGGUUAAGCCAGUGUCCCGCCCUCCACCCUAACCCUUUUGCAAACAACUAUGAAAAAAAAAUAGCAUGAGGAGAAGAGCCGAAGCUGGAGUGCAGGAAAUCUAAGCACAAGUAGAGCAGAUCUGAGUGUUGGGUUCGAAGUGACAGCGUUACAAAAUCUGAACGUGAAAUGAAUACAGUAAGUCCUGUUCCUAAAGACCACUCUCUUGAAUAAAAUACCUAUUGCCAACUCAGAGCCCGUCUCGCUGUAUCGUGUAUUUUAAUGAGUGAAUUUGUUGCUUCGUGGACAUUUCUGCGCUUCGGUAACGUCAAUAUCAAGUUAUGGUGUUGACACUUUGCAUCGAACCCUCAGCCUUGUACGACCUCUCUCACCGUUAGCUGUAGAUGAAGCCUCUCUGUCUGUUUUGAUCCCGAAGCAGAAGCAAUAACCCAGCUCCUUGAUGUUUGACCUGAAAUUCACAGAAACUUUACCUGUUACACAUGUGCAAUAUCCUAAACAUGAAGUCAUGCUGUAGUUUUUUUUUCAUCCUCGGAUGUUUCAGUGCUGUAAAUCCCGGAAAGACAACGCGGUGUAGGCCGCUUCAGACCACUAUUCACAACUUUCUGCCAACAAUAGAGCUGGAAUGGAUUUUUUUCUUUAAGUAGCAUGAACCUAAAAAUGUAAUAAAGUUAUAGAAAUACCUUGAAAAUGUAUGCAUUAGCCGUAUCCAUCUGAGCAUCAAUGCACUUCCCCAAACGCUUGUUGAAUAACUAAUUGUGUUCCGCUGCACAGUGCAGAUAGGAUUUUCACUCCUCUUUCAUGCAGGGAACUCCAGCGCCCACUGCUAUCGGUGUCAUUUUAAUCUGCAGGUAGAAAGGCAAGGUAUAAUUUGCGCCCCACAUAUGAAUUCUAACUCGGAGGAAAUAUGAUUUUGGAGUGAUACAUUAAAUUAUCGCGUGUCGGAUUGGAAGGGUAAAAAAAAAAAGUGGAUAGACUUCACUUCAUUGUAAUGAGUCAUAUUCACCUCAAACUUCAUUAUGUGAUCUACUUUGCAUACUUUAUUGUGACGGGUACGUGCUCUCUGACACUUUCCAAUAAAAACGUGUGAUUUCCUUUUUGCAGUC